GUGUGACAUUUAGUUAACGCGCCGACUUAGCACUAGGUGCAGUGGUUCCGUCACGAAGCCCAUCGUCCCGCUGCAUAGUGGGGGUGCCAAGCGCCUUGAUUGAAUGAAAGAACCACCGCGAUGUCGGCACUUUAGUACUCGGAGUACGAGGUACGGCGAGCUACUUCUGACGCGAGAACCCGCUUUUUUACAGCUGGUGCCAUCAAGUGAGGCUUGCACGUAAUUUUGCUCGGCAUUUUUGAACGUUCAUUCAUACAAACUUGAACUGUGUUUGUGUUCUUGGAUUGACGAGUAUUCAGUGGCCAAGGGUGGCACUACGCAGCUUUCGUUUCCAGCAUAAAAUGUGGUUAAGCAACACGAGCCGAAUGUCUAAGAACCAGGAUAAUUCCGAUCUGGAUAGCAGCUGCAGUAGCGGCGAUGAAAUUCCAAUAUGGGUCAGAAGCGAGCAGCGCUGGGUGUCUGGAAUCACCGAAGACACCACCUGCAUUGACGUGAUUCAAGUAUUAUGCGCAGAUGAAGAACAAAGGGGCAAACACAUGGGAAUACCGCAGAACUAUCAAAUUACCGAACGGUGGCGAGGUGUCGAGCAAUCUUUAGACCCUUCCUCAAAAAUUUUGGAUAUAUGGAACACCUGGGGAUCGGCACAAGCAGAGGUGAAAAUGUCCUUAAGACGGUUAAGAUCGGGAAGAUCUUCGAAUCGACGGACGAAAUGCCGAUCGGAUGCCAGCACACAUUCGGACAGAAGUUUAUGUAAUACUUUGCAUCCAAGACGGUUUCAAAUGUUGAAUGGAGGAAAGGAACCCUCCAGUACCGAGGAACUGUUGAAAUUGGUUCUAGCACAAGGUGAAGUAAUUAGAAGACAAUUAAGAAAGCUGAGGCACAGCGAGCACCAAAUAGGCUUCUUGGAAGACAAAACGCACCGAGCCAGAGUCCGAAAACAUGGCAGCAAUUAUCUACUAGAAACAUAUUUAAAAGGACUUUCCGAAGCUGUGAAUCCAGACAUUGAUCAUAUAGGGCUGGACAAGAAUAGUGAUAGCGGUGUGAUGACUGAAGGGGAUAGUGAGAAGUCCAAUAACACAAAAAUCAAAGAGUGUAAAAAUGUUGAGGCUACUAGUGACAGAUUUUCGCCAUCAUCUGAAGAAUUUAUUGAUCAUCUGAAAGAUGAUGAUAAUAUUUCAAAUGUGAGUGAAUCCGCCAUAAAAGCCCAUGUGAAGCUGCUUGAGAGUAUACUGAAGAUCAACAAAAGCCUGCUUCAAGAGGAAGAACACAUCAACAAGUUGGACAGCUAUAUAAAAAAGUACGAUAGAAACAAAGCAACCGAACAGCAAGAAAUUAAUGUGGAAGUCAACACAGAACUUUCGCAACUGACAACGCAAAUGACGAAAAGCGCAUGUGAGAUGCAACACAACGAGAUUGUUUUGGAAGAAAUCCUGGAAGUGCUUGACACCCGUCGUCAACAUCUGGCGCUUCUUCACCAAGAGCUGACCAGUCAAGAUCAAGAGCACGAGAUGUUACAAGCAUUGCUUUACAGCAACAGCCAAAAACGCACUAGACAAGAACCUUUUUUGUAUAACGGUUACCAUACCAAAGAAAUGUUGGAUACCUUAGUUUAAGGAUGAGAGUAGAAAUGCACCUUUGUUUGAUUUAUUUAAUACCAAAUAUUUUGUACCUAAUAUAUAUUAUUUUUAAUAUUGAAUAUUUCAUAUGUUUUAAUAGCAGACAUUUCUGAGCAAACAAAUGGCAAUUAAAGUGUUAUUGAAAAAUG